UUUUACCGACGCGCGCCUGCGCUCGUGCCGGAGGCCCGCGCGUUGUCGUAUCCACGUCCAGCGCCCCAAAACGCGUCACCGCGAAUGAGCUGAUGCUGAUAUCGAGUGCUUAAGGCGUGCGGCGGGUGGGCUCGUUUCACGAGUGGGACGUGCAUCGUGCAACUUGCGAGGCGGGAGAUGCUGCAGAGAGAGAGAGAGAGAGAGAGAGAGAGAGAGAGAGAGAGAGAGAGAGAGAGAGAGACGCGUCUCUUUGCUUCGUUCUUGUUUUACAAACCGCUCAGGGCUCGAACGCGUUAGAAGGGCGUCUGCUCCGUUGCUUGUUAAAAAGGGAGCGGUGGCGUCCUUUUUAUAUAUGUGUGUGUGUGUGUGUGUGUGUGUGUGUGUGUGUGUGUGUGUGUGUGUGUGUGUGAGUGUGUGAACACACCAGUGAGCGCAGCGGGUUGUUUUUUUUUAAUCUCCUGAGGAACAACACUUGAAGUCAGCUGAGGCGUUCAGGGACCACCUUGCUUUUACACCCGAGAUGGACAGCUACCUGUCUCCGCACCAGCAGUACGCCGGCAACUCCAAAGCGCCGAGUCGGGACACCGGGGCCCCGGUGCCGCAGCCGCCUUUCCCGGAAGACUUUGGCCCCCCCUACAGCGUCAACAUGAGCCUGCUCCUCCCAGACGUAACGUACCUGCGACCGGAUCUCUGCCGGACCGUGAGACAGAUCAAAACAGAGCCGUCCGACACGCUGAUGCAGACCAGCUGCCAGGGCGCGGCGGCGCCGCUGCCGCCACUUCCAGAAUACUUUGGUGGUUUCGGCGCUGCCGACUCAGCCGGCGGCCGAUUUUACAUCAAACAGGAAGUGCCAGAUUUCCAGGAUGUGCCCCUGUAUCAGCUUCUGAACUGUGACUUGGAGCAGCUGGUUCACGGGUGCCAGCCGGGCUCCGUCUCCGUGGCCCCUUUGAGUCUCCCCGACGUCCACGCGCAGACGUCCGCCAAACCCACCAGCGGCCGUCAGCGGAAAGGUUUGCCAUUUAACCCGCACCAUGUCCAUCGGCAGAGGCCGGCCUAUCUGCCGCCCUCGCCGCCAAACUCCGACCCCCCGAGUCCAGGCGGGGGGAAGGAGGUCCUCCACAAUCUGUCCCGUGCCCCCACCUACGUAGCCGGCGUUGCCUCCAACUUAACUUUUCAGGCCUGUCAAACUAACGCAGGACGCGCGCCGGGCACAGCUGCAAUCCGAGAGGCGGACCAGCACUCCAGCGUGGGAUUAGUCCAGAGCCCGGGUCCCGAGCCGGUCCGGCACUCCGGCCUGACGCCGUGCCCGCUGUCCCCCGUCAUGGCCCAGCCGGCUCCGGCCAAGUACAACAGAAGGAAUAACCCGGAUCUGGAGAGGCGGCGGAUUCACCACUGUGAUGUUGCAGGCUGCAGGAAAGUGUACACCAAGUCGUCUCACCUGAAAGCCCACGUGCGCACCCACACAGGAGAGAAACCGUACCGCUGCUCCUGGGAGGGAUGCGCGUGGCGCUUUGCGCGCUCCGACGAGCUGACUCGCCACUUCAGGAAACACACCGGGGUGAAGCCCUUCCAGUGCGCCGCGUGCAGCCGCUGCUUCUCCCGCUCCGACCACCUGGCGCUGCACAUGAAGAGACACCAGAGCUAGAAGCCGAGCUGCUGCUCCGCGUUCCGUCUCCCCCCAACGGCCGUAUUAGUAGUUUAAAGAGGCGGAGUAAUUCCCCCGACUCCCCAGUGGGGCGACGUUCGUAGCGCCGCUGGCCCACGCGAAAUAGUUCCCUCUAUUGUUGAAAGAUUAAAUGUUGCCUUAUUUUAUUUCCACUCAUGUGCCCCCCCAAUAUCAGGGGACAUCUACAACGAUGUCAGGAUGAAAUAGUACAACUUCGGACAACUUCAAAUGUCCAUAUUUUUAUUUUUUACAUUUUUUCAUCAUAUCAGCAUGGUGUCAAUGGUUAAAUUCACUUAGUUAUUUCUGCAGAAAGUGCAGAGAAUGUGUAUGUGAGUGUAAUACAGGAAGUGGCAGCGGUUCUGUGUGGAUUUAUUUAAGGAGCACGGAAUAUUGGGAGGAGCUUGUGUCGAGCGGCUUCAACACUGCCAGGUUUAAGGGUUGCUGAGGAGAGCUGGAAAUAAAAUCAACAUUUUCUCAUAGCACUGAAAUGAAGGGAAGAUAAUGGGUGUAAGGUUUUAGGUCGUGGUUGUUUUAGACGGCAUUAUGAAUGUUCUGUAUCUCUGCUCCCCCUGUACAGCAACCACACAUAACAGAACAUGUCUAAUCUACAAUGGUGCGUUUGGGAUUUGAUUUCAUUGUCAAAGCUUUUGACUUAUGUUGACGGGGCGUCUUUGGACCCGAGUUGAUUCGGAGGAGCAGCAGCAGCCGUCACGAUGGACGAAUCCAGGCUCGCUCGCUUGACCGUAAUCCGUUGCAAACUGGGGGUCGCUUCCUUCCUAUAUAGGAUUAUCAUAUUUCCUACGUGAACGGUUUCAAAGGGACGUGGUAGUUUUGUUUUUCAGACUGAGACCGAGCACCUGCCGGUCUGAACUUCUGUCUCUAGCUUUUAGUUUCUUUGGCCACCAUCCACGUAUCCAAAGCAACCUUUAAAGUGCCUUUAACUCAUUUCUUUGUUAUUUUGGGGGGAGGGACGGUUGAAAAACCAAGCGUCCCUCUUGGGACAGUAUUCUUUUAUCAGGUACAUAAUUGAAUGAUAUGGGUGUCGCCCCUAAUUACCAACACGUAGCAAUCUGUAUUCAUCACCAACAUUCUUUUGGAUCUGAUUGAGGUUGAACUAAAUCUCUCAUUUGUUUGUUGUGUAUUUAUAUAUAUUUGUAUCUGCUGUUAAAGGAUACAAUCCAUUGAUUGAGUUUGGGUGGAUAAAGAUUUUAAACAUUUUUCUUUAAUAGCAGGGAAUGUUAAAUAUUAUUAUUAAUAUUUUACAUAGCCUAACAAUAUUCUAUAAUUUGAUACUCAGCAUAUCACUUUCUCCAUCGCAAGAUGUGCCAGAGAAUUGUUGCAAUACUUUUAAAAUAGAUAUAGACUCGUAUAUAUUUUGACAGUAGCAUUGUGUCACAGCUUCAUACGAUGUCGCACAAAUCGAGCAAAAUGUGCCACAAAGCCAAUGCAGCCCUCACACUCCAAAUAAAAGUAUGUGUUGAAUAUAGCUUUUUGAAUGUGACUUUUUAUUUGUAUCUUUUUAAACGUUUUUUGUAAAUUAUGACUGUCUUCCAUAUUAAAUGUGCUGACUAAAGGAU